GAUCGCACGUGAUCAGCUCCGUGUGUUUCUCAGAGCCGGGCCCUUAGCUAAAGUGUUCGUACCGCCGGGGGAAAGGCCCCCCGUGCGUGCUCAUGCCAGCAGAAGCGCGGCCGGCGGACAACGCUCCGAGCUGCGUUCCGCGCCGCAUGGCACGUCAUGCAUACUGGACAACCGGUGGCAGGGCCACCUGUUUGCCUUCGUCCCUUCUCGUGGCUCUGGUGGUGCUCGGAUUACCACCGUCAGCGCGACCACGCGACCAGUCGCCGGUGAAAGUGAACGUGCUGCUGUCGCCGACUGCGAGUGCCGAGCUUCCGUGCGACCUGGGACCCCGGUCGGAGCCCGCGGUGCGCGCCUGGUGGCAUCGAGCCAGCAGCCCGCAAGCGCCGCUGUACACGCUGGACGCGCUACCGGGCCACCGCGGUACGGGAGGACUGGUGCAGGCGCGCCAUUCGGUCGCCGACUCGCUGCGGGGUCGCGCCCACUUCUCGGCCGUGCGCAGGCCCGCGCUGCUGUCCAUAUCAGCGCUGCGCUACGAGGACCACGGCCUCUACGUGUGCAACGUCGAGUUCAAGUACGGGGCCCGCAAGAGCUACGAGGUGGAACUCGAAAUCAUCGUGCCACCUAGCCAGCCCAUAAUUUUGGACGAAAAAAUGAACGCGCUGAACGGCACCGUGGGUCCUUACAACGAAGGAACUCUGCUGAUCCUCAACUGUCUCGUCAACGGAGGCAAGCCGGAACCCCGGGUGACGUGGCACCAGGGCUCGGUGCACCUACACCGCGUCUACCACCAGAAGGAGCAGGACGGCCGCAAGGUGACACUGCACGUGCGCACCCUCCGCCGCGAGCACCUGGGCGCCGUGUUCACCUGCGAGGCAGCGAACUCGAACCUCACCGCACCCGUCUCUACCUCGGUGACGCUUGCUAUGAACCUGAAGCCCGCGCGCGCGGUCAUCCGGGGCAAGCAAGAUUUCUUGUCAGCCGAGUUCCGUGCCGAGGUGGAGUGCGAGGCCGAAGGCUCCCUGCCACCGGCGCUCGUUUCCUGGUGGCUGGAUGGCGUGCGCCUGAAUGCGUCGCUCGCUCAAACACGGCUGUCGGCAGGCGGCAACGUGACCACCUCGCUGCUUGGCUUCGUGCCCAGGGCCCGGGACAACGGCCGCCAGCUCAGGUGCGUCGCCACCAACCCCAGGAUGCCCGGACACGACCAAGUGGCCGACAGCUGGGUGCUACAGGUGCACUACAAGCCCCGGGUGAGCUUGGCCUGGGGCAACCGUGUGAACCGGUCCAGCAUCGUGCAGGGCACCGACGUCUACUUCGAGUGCGAGGUGGACGCCAACCCGCGGCUCAUCGAAGUCUCGUGGCGAUUCGAGGGCCACGAGCUCGCCUCGCGCAUCUCAAACUUCAUCGUGAGCAACCAGUCGCUGGCACUGCGGGGCGUCCAGAGUUCGAACACGGGCCACUACUCGUGCGUGGCCGCCAACUCCGAGGGUGCCUCCGAGUCCAACAGGGUCUUCCUCAGGGUCCAGCAUGCGCCCGUAUGUGCUUCGAAGCAGCGCAGUGUGCAUCGGGCGGCUAAGAACGACGAGGUGCGCAUCCAGUGCUCGGUACGUGCCGAGCCGACCAACGUGACGUUCCAAUGGUCGCUGAACGCGUCAUCGGGGCCGCGCCGCGAACUGGCCUGGGCGUCCUCCUCUGGUGCCGAUGGCCUGGCCAGCAGCCUGCUGCUGUACGCGCCCGAGAAUGAAUCAGACUACGGCAUCAUCAGCUGCUGGGCGCGCAACGCUGUGGGCCCUGCCGCAGAGCCUUGCCUCUCCGAGAUCUUGCCAUCUGGUCCGCCCCGCGCUCCGCAGAACUGCAGCGUGGUGCGCCAGGUGGCGGGCUCGCUGCGCGUCGAGUGCGCCGCGCCGGCGCCACACCAGCCGGGCGUGCUCUACCAGCUGGAAGUGCGCGAACGUGGACGUCGGCUGGUGGCGAACCUGAGCUCGAUGUCCCCAUCCUUCUGGGUGGACGCCCUACCCGUGGGAAGCCAGUGCACGCUACUCGUUUACGCCAUCGGGGGCAACGAGCGCUCGGCGUCGCUAAAACUCAGCGCCACUGUGCUAGCCAACGCGGCCCAGGGAUACUCGGAGAGAGGAAAACGAUGGGCGAUCAGCACGAACCUACUGCUGCUCCUGCUAGUGGCCACUGGUCUGGUGUUUGUCCUACUGCCUUUCAUUGUGGUCAUUGCACUGAGAUACCGAAGGAAGCCGGCUGAGCCCAGAUGUAAGGGUGGAGACUUUUCCUUCGCUUUGUGUGUACUUUGUUUCAAGUGCUGGAUUUUUUUCUUCUGA